GGCGUCAACGUCAGGGGAAGAUUCUGGGCGGACGCCCCUGGAAGGCAACGCUUCGUUUUGCAGGGGCGCACAUGUCUUUCGUCCUAGAGCUGAUGCUAAGUGGUGCGAGAUCGUCGCGAAGAGGCAGGCCUGUAGUGUGACCUGCCGUCCGCCUAUCCCCUCUCCCGUUUCCAGAGCCGUGGUCAGCAUCCCAGAGCUUCCCGACCCUAUGACACCAAGUCACUGGAAUGGAUAUUGCAGUUAACGAGGCGGCCGUGGGGUGGAGAGUGGGGGAGUGUGAUCUCAGAGCUUUGAUCUCCGGUGCUCAACGUGUUGUCCGCCUCUCUGCCAGCUGCAUUCCUGUCGUAUCCACGAUGGCUCCCUGAACACUCGUAGAGUUCCCUGACACACCUAAGGGGGGAGAAGUGAAAGAAAAUGUCCCUCUUCCUGGGCUGCGGUUUGAUUUCCUGUCACUCCUUGGAGAGAAACAAAUCUCAGAGCCUAAGUGCAUUCUCCCAGCCAAGUAAAUGAAAUUUGGGGCCUGAAGCGCCCUCUAGUGAUAGAUCUUUCUCCCUACGGAGCCAACCAUCUCCUAGGCGCCUUUAAUACCUGAAAUUCGCCCUCUUCGCGGCGCGCGAGUCUCUGAUCCCGAUUGGCUGGGCUCGUCAGGCGGCAGGACGCUGGGCGCGCCCGGGCGGUGCUGAUUGGCCGGAGGAGGACAGUCGGGAGAAACUUCCGCGGGGUGCCGAGGCUUGGGCAGCAUGACGACGGAGACGUUCGUGAAGGAUAUCAAGCCCGGGCUCAAGAAUCUGAACCUUAUCUUCAUUGUUCUGGAGACAGGCCGAGUGACCAAGACAAAAGACGGGCACGAGGUUCGGACCUGCAAAGUGGCAGACAAAACGGGCAGCAUCAAUAUCUCCGUCUGGGACGACGUGGGCAACCUGAUCCAGCCUGGGGACAUUAUCCGGCUCACCAAAGGGUAUGCUUCAGUGUUCAAAGGUUGUCUGACACUGUACACUGGCCGUGGGGGUGAUCUGCAAAAGAUUGGAGAAUUCUGUAUGGUUUAUUCUGAGGUUCCUAACUUCAGUGAGCCAAACCCCGAGUACAACACCCAGCAGGCACCCAACAAGGCGGUGCAGAACGACAACAGCCCUACAGCUCCCCAGCCUACCACUGGGUCCCCUGCAGCUCCUCCAGCCUCUGAGAGCCAGAAUGGGAAUGGUCUGAGUACCUCACCAGGUCCUGGUGGUGGGCCACAUCCCCCUCACACUCCCUCCCAUCCCCCCAGCACCCGAAUCACUCGAAGCCAGCCCAACCACACACCUGCUGGCCCUCCUGGCCCCUCCAGCAAUCCUGUCAGUAACGGCAAAGAAACUCGGAGGAGCAGCAAGAGAUAGCAAGACACUCUUCCUCCCUUUCCACCACAACCAAGUAUCUGCUGAAGAAUAAGACAGCCUCCUGCUAGGCUGUUUGCUUGGGAUUGGGGUGGAGUGGAGUAGCAGUAUUUUAGCUACUAAACUUCACUGGAGGGGUGAUGAGCAGGGUCUUAUCCACCCUAAGCCCAUACUCCUCCCACAUCCAGUUGAAGCUGUCUGCCCCCUGGGAUUCAGGAUCUUCUGCCUGCCCUGCUUCCUCUUUAGAAAUGACAGUUACAGUCUGUUUCUUGUGUGUGAUAUGGGGGUUUAAUUGAAAUCCCUCCUUCCUAAUAAAUGUUACCACUCUGUA